UGACGUCAGUUCAGGAGAAACGAAAGUAAAGGGAGCUUCAUAAACAGAAGUCAGUUCUUCCAGCAGGACACAGUUUCCAGCUUGAAGGUUCUCCAGCCAGGAAACUCAGUGAAACUCUACAGAUAAACUCAGAAGAAGCAGAAAAGCAGACCAAAGGAGAGAAAGUGAAAGUGUCAUGGCUUCCUCCAGCAGUCUCCUGUCUGAAGAUCAGCUCCAGUGCUCCAUCUGUCUGGAUGUGUUCACUGAUCCAGUCUCUACUCCAUGUGGGCACAACUUCUGCAGGGUCUGUCUCAAAGAGUGCUGGGACAGCAGUUCACGCUGCCAGUGUCCAGUCUGUAAAGAGGAAUUCUCCAAAAGGCCUGAGCUGCGUGUGAACACCUUCAUCUCUGGACUGGCUGCUCAGUUCAAGAAGUCAGUUCAGGUCAAAUCGAGCAGAGCUCCAGAGAAAGCUGCCAAACCUCAGGUGCUUUGCGAUUUCUGCUGUGAAAAGAGAAGUGCAGCUCUGAAGUCCUGCCUGAUCUGCAUGGCCUCCUACUGCAAGACUCAUCUGGAUCCUCAUGAGAGAAUCGCUUCAUUCAGGAAACACAAACUGAUGGACCCUGUGGAGAACCUGGAGAACUACAUCUGCCAGAAACAUGAGAGACCCCUGGAGCUGUUCUGUAGAGACGACCACACGUGUGUGUGUCAGUUCUGCACUGAAGGAGACCACAAGACUCACAGCACUGUUCCCAUAGAGGAGGAGAGUGGAGAGAAGAAGACUCAGCUGGGAAAGACACAGGCUGAAGUUCAGCAGAUGAUCCAGGACCGACUGAAGAAGAUUGAGGAAAUCAAACAGUCUGUAGAGCUCAAUAAAAAAAGCACAGAGAAGGAGAAAGCAGACAGUGUGGAGGUCUUCAGAGCUCUGCUGUGCUGCAUUGAGAGAAGCCAGGCAGAGCUGCUUGAGGUGAUGGAGGAGAAGCAGAAAGCAGCAGAGAGGCAGGCUGAAGAGUUCAUUAAAGAGCUGGAGCAGGAAAUCACUGAGCUAAAGAGGAGAGACACUGAGCUGGAGCAGCUCUCCCACACUGAGGACCACCUCCACCUCCUACAGGUUUACCUGUCCCUCUGCAGCCCUCCACCCACCAAGAACUCGGCUGAGGUCAGGAUUAACACUCCUCUGAAGGUGGAGCCUCUGAGGAGAGCUCUGUCUCAGCUUCAGGAAGACCUCAGUAAGGAGAUGGAGAAGAUUCAUGAGAGUGAACUGAACAGAAUUGAACAGUAUGCAGUGGACGUGACUCUGGAUCCUGAUUCAGCUCAUCCUAAACUCAUCCUGUCUGAUGACGGGAAACAAGUGAGACACGGAGACAAACGACAGAAUCUCCCUGAUAAACUAGAGAGGUUUGAUUAUGGUGUCAGUGUGCUGGGAAAGGAGGGGUUCUCCUCAGGGAGAUUUUACUAUGAGGUUCAGGUCAGAGAGAAGACUAAGUGGACGUUAGGAGUGGCCAGAGAGUCCUGUAAAAGGAAGGGGGAGAUUACAGCCAGUCCUGAAAAUGGAUACUGGACUGUGAAGCUGAGAAAUCAGACUGAAUAUACAGCAGCAGAGACUCUCCCUGUCUCCCUCUCCCUGAAACAGGCCCCCCAGAAGGUGGGGGUGUUUGUGGAUUAUGAGGAGGGUCUAGUCUCCUUCUAUGAUGUUGAGUCCAGGUCUCAUAUCUACUCUUUCACUGGUCAGUCUUUCACUGAGAAACUCUAUCCGUACUUUAACCCCUGUAUUAAUGAUGAAGGUAAAAACUCAGCACCGCUGAUCAUCACACCUGUUGAACACUAGAAAUGAAGUUCGCACUCUGACCUUUGAGAUGUCAUAUUUCAAAGCAAUAUAUUUCAGAAAUGUGCUCUAAAUACAAGAAAAAAUAAUAAAAUUAAUCAUGUAAAUAAUUAAUUAGCAAACUUAAACUGGUUUUGAGACAGAAGAAGACGUUUUCCUCAGCACAAGCAGUCUGUACAUGUAGUUCAUAUUCAUUUCGAACUGUUUGAAGCAUAAGUGUGUGAAGUUUCCAUUAAAUCAUCAGAAAACACGUCUUAAGAAGUUUGAAAAUAUGAAAUUAUUCAUUACUUUCAGGUCCAUCAUGAGGCUCUGAGUU